ACCAUCUUUGGGGCUGGGCUUUAGAAAACGAUAGUAUGCAUGGGAGAGACAGUCUUCUAUUCCACAAAAGAUAGGAAUUUUAGUCCCCACAAAAGAUAGAGAGAAGAAGAAGAAGUAAAAAGAGGAAGUAAAAAGAAAGGCAAGGACCAUCUCUUCACCCUUAAAAAACCGCAUCCUAUUCUCUACCUUAUUUGCAUAUCGCAUUUGUUCGUAUUCUUGAGAGAAAGAAGAGAGAGAGGAAAAAAAAAGAGAGAGAAAGAAAAGAAAAGAAAAGAAAGAAUGUUCCACCACCCUAAGAAGCCUUCUUCUAUGAAUUCAAAUGAAAGGACAACAUCUAUGUGUGUUCAAAAUGACUCUGGCCUCGUCCUCACCACCGAUCCUAAGCCGCGCCUCCGGUGGACUGUCGAGCUCCAUGAACGCUUCGUCGAUGCUGUUACUCAGCUAGGAGGCCCUGAUAAGGCUACACCAAAGACUAUCAUGAGAGUUAUGGGUGUUAAAGGUCUUACUUUGUACCACCUCAAGAGCCAUCUUCAGAAAUUCAGGCUUGGAAAGCAACCUCAUAAGGAGUUUAAUGAUCACUCAGUUAAGGAUGGUAAGAGAGCGUCUGCUAUGGAGCUUCAAAGAAACAGUGCAUCUUCAUCUGGAUUAAUGGGUCGUAGUAUGAACGAUAACAAUGUGCACAUUAGUGAUGCAUUAAGGAUGCAAAUGGAGGUUCAAAGGAGACUUCAAGAACAAUUAGAGGUUCAAAGACAUUUGCAGCUGAGAAUUGAGGCACAAGGGAAGUACAUGCAAAACAUACUAGAGAAAGCAUGUCAAACUUUAGCAGGAGAAACCAAUAUGACAGCUUCAGCAAGCUAUAAUAAAGGCAACAACAACAACAACAAUUUAAGCAGUAACAACUCUUCAAUGGCGGCAGAUCAUUUAUCAGGAUCAAUGAAAGAAUUCGGCACGAUGAAUUUUCCAUCUCUUCAAGACCUUAACAUCUAUGGUGGAGAACAACCACUUGAUCUUCACCAAAGUAUAGACAGAUCUUCAUCACUUGAGAAUUUCAUGCAAUUAGCACCAAGUGAUAAUCUUUACUUAGGGAAUAAGAAAAGAUCAAACCCUUUUAAUAACAAUGUGAAUAAUAACAACAACAACAACAACAAUAAUAAUGGUAAGAGCCCUAUAAUUUGGUCUGAUGAUCAUCUUCGUCUUCAAGAAUUAGGCCCUCCAACACCUACUUGUUUAGGGCCUCAAGAUCAUCAUCAUCAUCAUCAAGAACAUCUUUUUAAGGCAGGAGAUAUUCAAAUUGCACCACCAUCUUUGGAUCAUCAUCACCACCACCAUCGAAGUAGUAAUAAUGAUGAUCAUCAAAUCGAUUCGAUUUCGGAGAUUUAUGAUUCAAAGCCAAUUUUAACAAGUGAUAUUGUUGUUGGUGUUGACAAGAAAUUCGAGUCAUCGACUAAGCUAGAGAGGUUGUCACCGGCGAGACAAGGCACAACUCUUGGAAGAAAUUCUACUUAUGGUUGAUCUUUGUAUAAUUUUGGUAGGUUUAAGCUCAUUUCUUGGAAGAGUUUUCAAUUAUUUUUGGUCCGUUGUUAGUCAUCUAAGUAGAUUUUAAUGCUUAACAUAUGUACCUCCAAUGCUUCAUGCUAAAGGUAUGCUUCAAAUGAUGUUAAUAAUGGUACUAUAUAUGCUCUCGUUGGUAGAUCUUUUCAUGGAAA